UGUCUAUGUUCCUGAUGGUGCGACACAUUCUCCACUCCGGUAGAUGGCGAUAAAGACAAAAAGCAACCAUUUAUUUCCGGCUUGGUGCUCAUGGUUGCAGUGAAAUCUCAAACAUGCCGGUAGAUAAUAAACGUGUCCGCGGACCGGAGAUAUCUCAGUCCCCGUUGUUAUUUCUUCCUCCGGACUCACAGAUUUCCAAAGUCAGCAGCAGUAGCGGGAGACAGGGCGCGCGAGGAAAUGGUGAUAUCCGGCCGUUGUUCGCGCGCUGCGGUCUCGUGAGCCAGGCCAAGGGCUCCGCGUACCUCGAGGCCGGCAACACGAAGAUCAUCUGCUCGGUGUACGGCCCGCGCGAGACCGAGCGCAAGGAUGAAACCGACAUGAAGAGCGGACGCCUUGUGUGCGACUUCCGCCUGGCGCCGUUUUCCUGCCCGAAGCGCGGCGCGUGGAUCCAAAACGCCGAGGAGCGCGACUUGUCCACGGCGCUGGCGGAGAGUCUGCAGCCCGGCGCGUGUCUGCACCGCUACCCGCGCGCGCAGGUCGACGUGAACGUUGUGGUGCUGGAGAACGACGGCUCGGCUCUGGCGCACGCGGUCACGUGCGCGUCCAUGGCGCUCGCGGACGCCGGGAUCGAGAUGUACGACACGGUGCUGGGCUGCGCGCUCAGGCAGGACGAAGAGCGGUGCCUCGUGGACCCGGACCUCGCGGAGGAGCGCGCCGAGAGCAGCGCGGAGAACCAGGGCCGCGUCGUGGUGGCGCUUCUCCCCAACCUCAACCAGAUUUCCGGGCUGCAAGCGGACGGCGAGAUGCGCGAGGACUCGUUAACGGCCGCCGUCAGAACGUGCGUCGAGGGCUGUCACAGGCUGUACCCGGUGGUGCAACAAGCCAUACUGCGGGCAGUUAAAAAGAAAGCAGCACCUCCACCUGAAAAAUAACUCUGCAUUCUUUUUUUUUUUUGGUGUCACUUUUCCAAUUUUUCUACCGCAACAAUGAUGAAAAAUUAAAUAUCAUUUCACAUAA